GUUAAAGCUGAUGAAGAAACUGUUGUAUCCCGAAUGCUUCCUCAAUAUCCUGACCCUAAUCAAAUUCAAGGGGGUGAUGGGGUUCAAGCAGUGGCAUCAGCUGCGCAGGAAGGUGGAGAUAAACCCCAUCACGGUGAAUGUGAACACAGCCAUGCCACUGUUCCUCCUCCAGUAGCCCCACCAUCGUGUGGUGAUAUUGGAGGAGCAGGAGCAGGCCCCCUGUCCGUGUCGUCCUCUAUGGAUGGUAUGGAACUCAGUGCCCCUGACUCUUGUGAGCAUGAGUUGGGAGGAUCAGGGGGGGAUGUGAAGCUUGAUUCGAAGUGUUACAGGGAUGAUUAUCAAGUGGAGGCUUGUGGAAGGGGCCCAUCUGCCCCUAUUCGUCCAAGAUUGGCUGAAUUAAAAAAACAAGAACAGGACCAAGAUCCUGGGAGGGGGGCAUGUGCUUUUCCGGUGUUGGAGGUGGCCAACCCUCAUUGUGGUCAACACACGGGACCCCAAGAUGGUGACCCACUGGAUUGUGGACCCACUGUUCUUGUGUGUGGGCCACGGACAGAUGCAGAGAUGCAGACUGCCUGUCAAGGUUUAACUCCAGCCAGACAGAACCCAGUUAAAUGGUUCGAGGAUGUUAAAAAUAGAUUGAGAAAAUUCAUGGCAGAAACAGGAAAGCCAUGGGCAGAAAAAGAACAAGAUGACAUUGACCCGCUAACUAAGUGGAUGCUGAAGCUUUUCAGCGACAAAACUGUUCGGAAAACAUGUAAUCUGCCUAGUGCUCCUUUUGUUUCCCCACAGGAAGGCCUGAAGCCUGGAGACCGAGUGCUGAUUAAAAUCAUCAAAAGGAAAACUUGGAAAGCUCCGAGGUGGGAAGGACCCUACAAAGUGCAACUAACAACCCCCACUGCCGUGAAAAUCCAGGAGAGAGACACUUGGAUCCACCAGAGUCAUUGUAAACUGAUUAAAAACUUUCCACAGCAAGAAGCCCAAUUACCUUCACAGGAACCCCAUAACUAAGAGCUGAUGAAGAUAGCUUUACCAUUUAUAGGAUUGUUAAUCAUAUUUUUCCUUUUUAUUUGUUGCUUAAUACCAUGCCUGCAAUCAAUGUUUCAGAAAAUGAUAGGAACCACUCUAAUCCAAUAUUCAGCUAUCAAUUAUGCUCAACUCCGCCGAGAUGCUGAUGAAGAUAAUGAUGAUGAUGAAGUUAUGUAAUCUUUUACAGGGAUAAUGGUCGCCUCCUCGGGAGGGGCUGGGUAGGAAUUUUUUCUCUAUUGGAGAGUUUUGCCUAC